ACAGCUGAAAAGCCUUAUAAAUGUGAAGUGUGUGAGAAGACAUUCAGUUGGCCGGGAAAUCUAAAGAGUCACAUGAGGACACAUACUGGUGAAAAACCAUACAAAUGUGAUGUGUGUGGGAAGGAAUUCAUCCAGUUACGGCACUUACAGGAUCACAUGAGGACACAUACUGGGGAAAAACCUUAUAAAUGUGAUGUGUGUGAGAAGGCUUUCAAGCACUCACAGAGCUUACGGAGUCACAUGAAGACACAUACUGGUGUAAAACCUUACAAAUGUGAUGUGUGUGAAAGGAGUUUAUCUGGAGCAAAAGCCCUAAAGGACCAUAUGUUGAUACAUACAGGUGAAAAACCUCACAAAUGUUAUGUGUGUAUGAAGGCAUUCAUUCGUUCAAGGGACUUACAGACUCACACGAGGACACAUACAGGUGAAAAACGAUAUACAUGUGAUUUGUGUGGGAAGGCAUUCACUUGUUCAAGUGAUUUACAGAGUCACAGGAGGAUAUUACAUUCAGAGGAUAAACCUUAUAAAUGUAAUAUGUGUGAUAAGGCAUUCACUCGUUCAGGUAGCUUACAGAUUCACAUGAGGAUCCAUACAGGAGAAAAACCUUAUAAAUGUGAUAUGUGUGGGAAGGCUUUCAACAAUGUAAGUAACUUUAACUGCCACAUGAAGCUACACACAGGUGAUAAAUCUUAUCAAUGUGAUGUGUGUGGGAAGGCAUUUACCCAAUUGCAGAACUUACACAAACACAGAAGGAUACAUACAGGUGAUAAUCCUUAUAAAUGUGAUGUGUGUGGGAAGGCUUUCAAACAAUCAGGUGGUUUAAAGAAGCAUAUGAGGACAAAUACAGAUGAUAAACAUAAUAAAUGUGAUGUUUGUCAGAAGGCAUUUAACCAUUCAAGUCAUUUAUUGAAUCACAUGAGAAUACAUACAGGUGAUAUUCACUCAGUCAAACAUCUUACAGAGUCACACGAGGACACAUACUGGAGAAAAACCUUAUAUACAUGUGAUGUAUGUGGAAUGGCAUUUAACCGUUCAAGUUGCAAACUUAGACACAUGAGGAUACAUACAGGUGAUAAACCUUAUGAAUGUGGUGUAUGUGGACAAAAAUUCAGCAGAUCAGAUACCUUACAAAGACACAUGAGGAUUCAUAUAUGUAAUAACAAAUAAACGGAAUGUAUAGAAGAUGGAAUAGUCUGUCAAAAUGACAUGUAAAUGAACAUCAGUGAUAUAUCUAUUAAUAUGAGCUGUCUCCAAAUCAGAUUUAUAAAAGAAGAAAAUAA